AUGUCUUCGUUAUAUCAUUCCCAUGAUAAUUAUUAUCCCCAAGAACGCACACAAAGUCCUAAACUUGAAUCGAGUUCCUCUUCUGAUUCAAUUAAAACCAAAAGAAAAAGAUCCGAAGGUGAUGUACCAGACCAAGCACUUCAAUAUGCUACCAUUGAUAUGGUUAGAUCACUUCAGGCUCAAACUCCAUCUGGUAUUCCAGAUAACUGGCGAUAUAGGCUAGAGAUUGUUCAAGAGCCAAUGCGAGCACGUAUGUGUGGUUUUGGUGAAAAGCCAGUCGACAUCAAUAACUUUGACCCAGGAUUUUUUACCAUUUGUGCGGUCCUAUAUGAUUAUAGUUCGAACAAAGAAGCUUCGAUAGUAGUUCAUCCACCCUCUAGCACCAAUAUAGGCAACAUGUCUCAACAAUUAGGCAUGAAGAAUCUAGUUGGCAAUUGCCUCGUAGAUGGAAAACGUCUUAAAGAUGCUGAAGGAGAACUCGGUAUCUGGUUUGUUUAUCAGGAUCUUAGUGUCCGUACUGAUGGCAUUGACCCUAUACCAAUAUUAGCGACAGCUAACUCGCGACCCUUUACCGUUUAUCCCCCAAAACGAUUUCCUGGAAUGAUCGAGCCUUCGCCACUUGCCCGUUGUUUCAGUAAGCAAGGGAUUAAAAUCCCUGCUCGAAAAGAGAACAAGAAGUCCGAAUUUAGCCCUGAACAAGAGAGCUAA